UGGGCGGCGCGGCGAGGGCGGCGGCGGCCGGGACGCUCCUUGGGCACCCGCCGGCCGCUAGGGCUAGACGGGCGGCAUGUCGGAGCACGCGGCGCACGCGGCCCCGGGGCCCGGGCCCAACGGCGGCGGCGGCGGCGGCGGCCCGGCCCCCGCGCGCGGCCCGCGCACCCCCAACCUGAACCCCAACCCCCUCAUCAACGUGCGCGACCGGCUCUUCCACGCGCUCUUCUUCAAGAUGGCUGUCACCUACUCGCGGCUCUUCCCGCCCGCCUUCCGCCGCCUCUUCGAGUUCUUCGUGCUGCUCAAGGCCCUGUUCGUGCUGUUCGUGCUGGCCUACAUCCACAUCGUCUUCUCCCGCUCACCCAUCAACUGCCUGGAGCACGUGCGGGACAAGUGGCCACGGGAGGGCAUCCUGCGUGUGGAGGUGCGCCACAACUCCAGCCGGGCGCCCGUCUUCCUGCAGUUCUGUGAGGGCAGCCGUGGGAGCUUCCCGGGCCUGGCUGUGGAGCCAGGUGGCCUGGAGCUGGAGGAGGAGGAGGAGGAGCUGACCAUGGAGAUGUUCAGGAACAGCUCUGUCAAGUUUGAGCUGGACAUUGAGCCCAAGGUGUUCAAGCCUCCAGGUGGUUCUGAGGCCUUGAAUGACAGCCAGGAGUUCCCCUUCCCCGAGACGCCCACCAAAGUGUGGCCCCAGGAUGAGUACAUCGUGGAGUACUCGUUGGAGUACGGCUUCCUGCGGCUGUCACAAGCCACCAGGCAGCGCCUGAGCAUCCCGGUCAUGGUCGUCACCCUGGACCCAACACGGGACCAGUGCUUUGGGGACCGCUUCAGCCGCCUCCUUCUGGAUGAGUUCUUGGGCUACGAUGACAUCCUCAUGUCCAGCGUGAAGGGCCUUGCAGAGAAUGAGGAGAACAAGGGCUUCCUGCGGAAUGUGGUGUCCGGGGAGCACUACCGCUUCGUCAGUAUGUGGAUGGCCCGCACGUCCUACCUGGCCGCCUUCGUCAUCAUGGUCAUUUUCACCCUCAGCGUCUCCAUGCUGCUCCGCUACUCCCACCACCAGAUCUUCGUCUUCAUCGGUGAGUCUCAGCCGGCCACGGGGGGCGGGGCGGGCUCGCCCCCAGGCCCUCACGGGUGGCCCCCGCACCCUGUGCCCGCAGUGGACCUGCUGCAGAUGCUGGAGAUGAACAUGGCCAUCGCCUUCCCUGCAGCGCCCCUGCUGACGGUCAUCCUGGCCCUCGUUGGGAUGGAGGCCAUCAUGUCUGAGUUCUUCAACGACACCACCACGGCCUUCUACAUCAUCCUUAUCGUGUGGCUGGCUGACCAGUACGACGCCAUCUGCUGCCACACCAACACCAGCAAGCGUCAUUGGCUGCGGUUCUUCUACCUGUACCACUUCGCCUUCUACGCGUACCACUACCGCUUCAACGGGCAGUACAGCAGCCUGGCCCUGGUCACCUCCUGGCUGUUCAUCCAGCACUCCAUGAUCUACUUCUUCCACCACUAUGAGUUGCCCGCCAUCCUGCAGCAGGUCCGCAUCCAGGAGUUGCUGCUGCAGGCGCCGCCCCUGGGCCCCGGGGCCCCCACGGCGCUGCCCGACGACCUCAACAACAACUCAGGCCCUCAGGCGGCCGCCACUGGCCCUACAGGCCAGCCCCUUGCUCUGGGCCCUGGCUCGACUGGAGCUGCUGGGGGGCCUGGGCCCGGGGCUGCAGCUCCCAGUUCACUGGGGGCUGUAGCCGCCUCGGUAGCCGCGGCCACUGGGGGUGACCUGGGCUGGAUGGCAGAGACAGCAGCCAUCAUCACAGACGCUUCUUUCCUGUCUGGCUUGAGUGCCACCCUCUUGGAGCGGAGGCCCGCUGGACCCUUGAGCCCCAGUGGAGGACUCUCCCAUGCCCCCCAGGACAGUGCUCCCCAGAGUGACCCCGUGGCACCUGACACAGCCUCCCCCACAGACAUGGGGGCUGAGCCCAGUCCUGCAUCCACGGUCCCAGGAGAGGCACCCUCCGAGGUCGGGUCCUGAGCCCCCACCAACAGCUGAGCCGCCUGUCAGGGCUUCCCCCUGGGGAGCUAUUGGGCACCUUGCAGCAGCCCCUCGGGGCGGGGCAGGUUGUCCCCGUGGGGCACCAGGGCCCUCCCCCCUGGAUUGCCCCUUCUCUCCGAUUGGGGUCUCAUCAGGUUUGUGGAAGGUGGGUCCCUGUCUCCCAAGUGUGGGGCCUGGCCAAGGCUUGUCCUGGUAGUGAGCUUGUUUGUGGUGGUCUGCGAGGACAGGGGUCGGGGGCUCCCGGAAGUUCUGAAGGGGGCUUGGUGCGAGGUCUGGAGUGCACCGUUCCAGGGGCAGCGCAGGGCACCAGUCGGGCAGGUCUGAACAAGGUAACCAGAUGGGAGUGGGCUGGGCAGCUUCGCCCUCAUGCCCCGAGGGCAGGGGGCUGUCGGGCCCAGCCCUGCCUGGUGCUCCCUGUGCAGUGCCUUCUCCACGGCUGACCCUCCCCGUGUGCACCAGGCCUGGGGUCCCCAAGAGGGCAGAGCUGUGUCUGGGGCACAGGUGCCAACAUCAGUGCCUGGGGUGCCCGGGUCCAGCCGUGCUCAGGGCGGGAGUGGGCCAGGCGGCCAAGCCAAUCACGCGGUGAGGAAUGCAGAGCAGCGCUCAUUCCAUUCUAUUUAAUUGCAGUGUACACAGUCGUGUCUGUAUAUAGAAUAAACUCCGUGAACAGGGUUGGGUCUGCCCUCGCAUGUGCGCGGGGGAGGGUCUGCAGCUGGAUCUUAUCCAGCGUUGGAUCACGGGGCGUCCUCAGGUGCGGCUUGGGCUUGGAGCAGGCGCAGUGGCCGCUGGCGAGCGCUGUCCCCAAGUCGAACUAGGAGCUCCCCGCGCCGCAUCAGAGCUCGGCGGAGCCUUUCGCGGACGGCCUCGAUGUGCCGCUGCAGCUCCUCCAGCUCGCCGCUCGGCGACCUCGCUGGCAUAGCAGUGGGUGGUGGCCCGUUGGAACAACUCCAGACUGGACUUUCGGGGGUCCCAGGCUCCGCCUCCGCCCCUCCCUGGGCGGCUGCCAUCCCUGGCUCCAGCAGGAAGCGCACCCUACGCUCCUUGCCCACCGCCCGGCGCACUCGUUUCCAGCGCCCUGGACCCUCGGGGUAAGCUGAGGUGUCUUGCUGCUCCUGCUGCUGCUCCCGGCCACUGGGGAUGGGACAGGGCUAGGUAAUGAACCCGGGCAGCCGCGGCCCUCUGCCACCGGGGGAUGCGAGGACUUGUGAAGGGGCCUUCGACAAGGCCUGGAAGUAUGUGAAGAGGACCCGCCCCCUACGUCGGGCCCCCCGCUGGCGGGCGCAGCUGUUCUUUACCUGGGCUCCGGCUCCAGCCUCUGCCUUUGCCCUUCCCGCCGUUCUGUGUUGAGAGCCCGGUGAAUUUUCUAAGAUCCCAGACAAGCCCGGUUGGUGGUGGGGUCGGCGGCGGGUGCUGUCCCCGCUGUGCCCACGCACCGACGGCCCUCACCUGGCUGGUGUGCAGCCAGUACUGCAGCCUGCUGCCCCUGCGGAUGCGCGGCAGCACCAGGCGGAAGAAGACGUGCUCGCACAGCGAGCUGAGCAGGGCGCUGCCCAGGCCCAGGCAGAGCAGCACGAAGAGACCCGAGAAGUGGUAGAUUCCCAUCUGGAGGGUCUGGAGCAGGACACAGGAUGCUCUCACCGCCACGAAAGCAGACCGCUGGGGAGUCCUCACGUGGCGCCAGAGCCAGGCUGGGCGCACGUGAGGGCUCGUGGAGGGGGUGUAGGAAGGGCACCAACGCAGAUGGACAUCUUGGGGGUGAGCAGGGGCCGAGCGCUUCGCCCGCUAAGGUGUCACGCACUCCGGGGCCCUGCCUCACCUCAGUAACCGCGAAAACCCGCUUCCCGCAAGGCACCAUCUUGUACCACUUGUCGUGGAGCAGGUCGAUGAACCCCGAGGACUUGUAGCGGCUGAUGAACUCGGACAGGUUGGAGGUGAGCGGGGAGUUCUGGGGCAGGCCGAUGCCGUAGCCUGGGGGCGCGGGCCGGGACACGGCCCCGGGAAAUUGUACCCAGCAUGUCCGACCUGGCCCUGCCCCCUGGCGCCCCCGUGGCUCUCCACGGGCGCGACCCCUCCCAUGCCCUCACCCUCGAUGGCGAAAGGCUUGCCCACGGUCAGCAAUUUGCAGUCGGCGUCGAUGGAGACCUCAUAGUCCAGGAGCGACUUGUCCAUGAUGAAGGCGUUGAGCUUGGGGGGGUCGCUCCUGUGGGACCAGGUGGAGUCAGCCGGCCACCGGCUCCGCGCCCGCCCCGGCCCGGCCCUGCCCCCGCCUCACGUGAGCAUGGCGACGCCGUCGGGCGUGGUGGGCGCGCUGUGGCGCCGCAUGUGCGCGUGCAUCUCGGGGAAGCUGGCCUUGAUGUAGGCCUCAGCGCUGCUCUCCCGCACGGUGCCGAAGCGGAAGCCCUGCGACGGGUGGUGCAGCUGCGUGGAGAGGCGUCGGGCCUGCUCAGCCCCGCGGCCCUGCCCUCUCUUCCCAGAGCUCCCGCAGCCCGACAACCACAGAUGCCCCCAGGCCCUGCCCAGGGUUGGGGCGCAGCAUCUCGCCAGGUUGAGACCCUUUUGGACACCCACAUGUUUGUCUUUACAAGUUGGACCAGAAUUCCACUCUUUUCCCACUUAGAAUCCCACAGGAUCCCCGAACACCCAUCUCUCCCCAACAGCCCCCUGCACCUGCUCCUUGGCUUCCCACCCACCGUGCUUCUCCUGCCUCACAGCCCACUGCCUUCUCCAUCUGCAGAACACCUGGACCUGGACCCUCCCAUUUUCCUUUCCAUCCUCAACCACAUGCCCCAGAGUCAAAGCCCAAGUCUUCCCUGCAGCCCAUAGGACCCCAAAUAAGCUUCCCUGUCCUCCCUGCCUCCCAUCCUCCUCUCCCCGCCCUUCAUCUUCUGUCUCCCUCCUGCCUUGCUCCAGCCACACUGGCUUUUAGCUGAGCUGUGGGGCCCUGCCUGCCCCAGGGCCUUUGCACAGCUGUGUCCCCUAACUGGAUCGCUUAAUCACAGACAUCACAAGACCACUUGCUCAAGCAGGAGGGUGUCAUGUGAGGACUCUGCUUAUCUGUCAGGAUUCUCUGCCUGUUUUGUCCACAGAGCAUGGAACAUACUAGGUGCUCAAUAAAUGUCUUUGGGGACUGUG